AGCGCCAUGAUCCGUUGGGAAUGCUGGGGCUGAGGGCUCCAAGCCCCGGGAAGGAGGAUGCUCCAGCCCAGCAACUACAGCCUGGUGCUGUUCCUGCAGUUCCUGCUGCUUUCCUACGACCUCUUUGUGAAUUCCUUCUCGGAGCUGCUGCGCACGGCUCCGGCCGUGCAGCUCGUGCUCUUCAUCAUCCAGGACAUCGCCAUCGUCUUCAACGUCAUCAUCGUCUUCCUCAUGUUCUUCAACACCUACGUUUUCCAGGCGGGAUUGGUCAACCUCCUCUUCCAUAAAUUCAAGGGAACCAUCCUGCUCUCCGCAGCCUACCUGGCGCUCAGCAUCUCCUUCCACAUCUGGAUUAUGAAUCUGCGCUGGCGUGACUCCAGCCGCUUCAUCUGGACUGAAGGCCUUCAGACCCUGUUCGUUUUCCAGAGGCUGGCGGCCGUGCUUUACUGCUACUUCUACAAGCGGACAGCUGUGCACCUGGGAGAUCCCCUCUUCUACCAGGAUUCACUCUGGCUUCGCAAGGAAUUUGCUCACUUCCGUGGCUGAUGGAUCCCCAGGAUCCCCUGGACUCUCCUUGCGCUCCACAGGCUCUGCCGGGGUCGGUUCUGACUCAUCCUUUCUUUAGGGAGCAGUCCUUGGGAUUUUGGGAGUCAGCGGGAGACUUGUGGGGCGCCCGUGCCUGUCAGGGCCACAGCCUUGGUUGGCACUGGAAUGUUUCUGGAAACCCUAAAGGAAUAAAUCGGAUGUGUUUUCCAGAG